AUGCAUAACAAUGACAAACCGCUACCUAAGCCACCAGCGCCAAGGCACCCAUCGUUCAUUGCACCGUAUGAAGCAGUCCCGGGUAAUGAUGCUAAACCGGACGAGGCUCCUCCCCAAUAUACGGAAGAACAUGCAACUACUGAACAAAUCUUAAACGACAUAGCAGGAGCGACGGCCGAUGGGCGUAUCGACCUAAAUCUCGACUCUAAACUUUGCAGAACCCUCUCUCUACUUAUCGAUCGCAAUGGGCCUAAGCAGCGAAAUUCCGACCGGCCUCUUAGUAUUACACCUCCCGCCUAUACCGACCAGACGGAAUGCCAUAUUUGCUUAAAUAUUGUCAUUCAAGUUGUCGGUAGUCGUGGAGACGUUCAGCCUUUCGUUGCGCUCGGUAACGAGCUUCAACGCCACGGUCAUAGAGUUCGCCUUGCUACUCACGAUACCUUUGCCGACUUUGUGCUCGAAUCCGGCCUUGAGUUCUAUCCUAUUGGCGGUGAUCCGACUGAGCUAAUGGCGUAUAUGGUUAAGAACCCUGGCCUAAUACCUUCCAUAAAGAGCCUCCGUGCUGGUGACAUCCAGAAGAAACGUCUUAUGAUUGCUGAGAUGCUGGAAGGCUGUUGGCGUUCAUGCAAGGAGCCUGAUCCUCUGAACCAACAGCCAUUUGUCGCCGAUGCAAUUAUUGCGAACCCGCCAAGUUUUGCGCAUGUUCAUUGCGCUCAAGCGCUUGGUAUCCCACUACAUCUUAUGUUCACUAUGCCCUGGAGCGGUACUAAAUAUUUUUGUCACCCGUUAGCAAAUAUCAAUGCUAAUAAUAGUGGUAUCUCUACUGCCGUCGCUAACCAGAUCUCGUUCAUGGCUGUUGAAUGGAUGACCUGGCAAGGGCAAAGCCUGGAUUUAGAAGAUAUCCCUUUUUCUGAAGGCGCUGGUCUGCUUGAGACACUGCAGAUCCCUUUCACUUAUUGCUGGUCCCCAGCACUUGUUCCCAAGCCUCUCGAUUGGCCGGAUUACAUUGAUGUGUGUGGCUUCUUCUUCCGCGAUAUACCACAGUAUACUCCCGAACCUGGCCUUGGAGCCUUUUUACGCAACGGACCUGCACCUAUAUAUAUUGGCUUUGGAAGCAUUGUCAUCGACGACGCUGAUAAGCUGACGGCCAUAUUGGUAGAUGCUGUGAAGGAGACAGGCGUCCGCGCAAUCAUCUCCAAAGGAUGGACUGUUAUCCAUCACGGCGGAGCUGGGACUACCGCAUGUGGGCUGCUUAAUGGAAAGCCAACGGCCAUUGUGCCCUUCUUCGGCGAGUGCGUACCAUCUACCCGCUCUAUUCCUAAUGUAUCAAACGCUAACACGGCUAGUCAACCCUUCUGGGGCACCAUGGUCCAUGCUGCAGGUGCAGGUCCCAUGCCAAUCCCCCAAAAGAUGCUUGAUAGUCAAAACCUCAGUCACGCCAUCAGGUAUUGUUUGACUCCAGGUGCGCUGGCGGCUGCAAGAGGCAUGGCAGAGAAGAUGCGGCAAGAAAACGGAGUCAGACAGGCUGUUAACUCAUUCCACGCCAACCUUCCUCUGGAUAAAAUGCGUUGCGAUAUUAUACCUGGAUUACCGGCUGCUUGGUCUUAUAAAAUGGGGUCGCAGCAUCUCAAACUUUCGAAAGCGGCGGUAGAGAUUCUAACAGACAGCGGCAGGGUCAAAUGGGUCGACCUUAAAGGUUACGAGUCUCAACCCAUAGACAUACAACGUCGACGGUGGGACCCCCUCACGGCUGUUAUCUCAUCGGGGUUCAAGAUGUAUGCUGGCAUGGUGACCUCAGCAGCAGACAUUGUUAUCAAGCCAGCACAGGUAUUGAUGGCAGACAGACCUAACACUGGGGACCCAAAUUCAGUUGGGAAUUCGAAUACGCAAGCAUUAGAAGACCCUAUAUAUGGUAGAUGUGCUGGGCUUGACGUGCCUUCUGGCAAUCAGAACAUGAGGAACCACAAAAGCCGCGCAGGUGCUGCCUUUGCAGGAUCUGCCGGUGCUUUUGGCGAUGUCUUCAAGACCCUCACGAAGGGUUUCUACCUUGAUAUACCGCACGCGCUUGAGGAGGGUAUGCGUGUCGCUCCACGACUGUAUGGUGGUGAGGUGUAUGACCCUGGUCCUGUGACAGGUUGGAAAUCGGGGGGUAUCGCUGCGGGGAAGAAUUUCAGCCACGGAAUUUUAGAAGGAGUCGGCGGGUUAGUCAUGUCACCUGUGCGAGGUGCGAAGAAGGAUGGAACAGUAGGCGCAGCCAAGGGUUUGGGCAUCGGAGUCCUCAACCUGACCACGAAGGUGACAUCGGGAACAUUAGGGCUACUUACAUUUACCAGCCAAGGCGCCUACAAGAGUCUUCGUGCUUCCAUGCGGAGGGAUACGCGAAGGACCAUUAAGCAGUCAAAGCAGGCCGAAGGCGUCGCCAUCCUGCGAGAGGGGAAACAGCGUGUCGAUGUAGGAGCCGUGCUGAGGAUUUUCGAUCACCAGGUGGCGCAAAAGCCGGAGAGAAAGUAG